AUGAGCGAUCAUAGGCGAGGUAUGGCGGCACCGUUUUACGCAGCACCUCGUCGCACGUCUGCGGAGAUUAUCAGCGAAGCACGCGCCGCGAUUAGAGGAGAAAUGACGAGUCCGUCCAGCGGUUCCAGUCUUGGGGCGGUUCGACCACUACGCACGCGACGACCCUUUACGCCCCGCGAACCACAGCGUACGCUGUUCAAUGAACGAUCCAAGAAGAAGGAUGCCAGGCCUCCUAGCUCUUUUGAUCUCAAGUAUCUGCCCCUAACCGAAGAGGAGGCGUUAGUUACAUCGGGAGCUCGUAUUGCCGGACUGGAUGAGGACGAUCUUACAAUUAUUGGUGAAAGGAACAGUGCUAAGAAUAGAAAAGCCUUGAAUCGCAGUAAAGUGUCGCCGCCAGAAAAAUCAAGUAACGAAUGGAGUGGUUUCCCAAAGCUACCACACUUGAGUGGUAAGAGCAAACCACUACAUCGGCGUAACACUACUGCUAAUAGCAUUGAUAAUGAGAGCGACUUAUCUCACGCGAUCUCAAUAACUAAACCCAUUGGACAGUCUUCUGGAGACGGUUCGUUUGCUUCGGGUUUUUUAACCGCUAAAGCUCUGAGUCCAGAUAUAAAAAAGUCCCAAUACGGUACCAAGUCGUUGUCGUAUGAUGGGGCAUUGGGCGAUGUUGGAGUUAAGCAAAUUGCGGUACAGAUGCCUAAAAAAUCACACGACAAUCUUUACAGCAUGACGCUUUUGGAACUGUCAGAAGCACUGUCACAAAAGUGUGAUGUAAAUCGGACAAGGGUGUUAUUUCAAGCGUUGCAGAACAAGAUAGAGAUUUCUUCACCAACGGGAAGUCUUAGAGACCUGGUCUUGAGGUCUUUAUAUACGCAUAUAGAUAGUGAUGAUGAAGUUUUGGUGGCUAUCGCAAGAGCUAUGCUCACGAUGCGUGUCACCGGUCCACAUCUGGCAGCUGCCUGUAAAAUGGUGUUUAAAAUUGCGAGGAAUGAUAAAAACGACCACUUCUUUAAGAAUAGUAAUCUUUUAGAACUAGUAGUAGAAGGCUGCGGUCGAGCAGAGCCAAUAUCGGAGAGUGAAUGCUGCGUGUACGCAGCCGGGGCUCUACGCUUUCUUGCCUUGGAGCCCACGCUUUGUGCGCUUGCGCAUCGUGCGGGGGCGUUACAUCUUGCAGCAUUGCAUUUGAAAAUACUUAAUAAUGCGAAAACGGAGAGACCACGCCAAGUAUCCGAACAAGCAGUCCACGCAUUGUACCAAGUAACAGGCGCGUUACGUAACCUAGCGAAUGCGAACGAGUAUUCGCCGUCGUUUGUUUCAAGCGGUGCGCUUGCCGAGCUGCUCGCGGCUUUACAGUUACACACGGACCGGGAUGUGCUUACUAAUGUCGCCAGAUGUCUUAGUGUAUUAUCAGCUGAAGAGUCAUGUUGUGCAUGGCUCUGUGCUUGUACGUGGAGCUCGCGAGCGUUACUGAGCGCGCUCGCUGCGUGUUCGCCGCGUGCGCCACUCGCAGUGCGACUUGCGUAUACGCUUGGCAAUAUGGCGGCUGCGGACGAUCAAGCGUCAAUUAAUAUUUAUAAUGAAGAAAACAGUCUGGAUGUUCUCCUUACUAUUCUGGAGUCAUACACGAAACGUACUGAAGGCGAUGCAAAGGAGCUUAAUACAGAUCCUGAUUUGCAUUUAGUUGGCUCUGAUUUGGGAGGCUCCGACGGCUCCAACGAGGAUGUUCUUAUAAAGACUGUACGAGUCAUAGCGAAUUUGUGUCUAUCGGAGGCGGUUGGGAAGAGUAUCGCGGCCACACAUUCUGAAAGAACUAUUCGCGCGUUAUUGGCUUGCCUUGAUGUCGCUGAGAAAUCGAUUGAUAAUCAGGUACAUAAUGCAGAAAGCGAUCAUCCCAAUAGACGGGAUGAGCUAGCCAUGGCGGCCUUAGCGACACUGAACAACGUCACAUUCUAUUUAGACCCUGCGCCUGCGCCGAGACGACUCGAUGACACACUUGAUUUGCUUUGCAAAGCAACGUGUCGUUGGGCGCGACGCGAUGGUAUAGCGUCGUGCGAGGCGGUGCGUGCUCUUGGCAAUCUCUCUCGUUCUGCCCGGGCCGCGCAAGUUCUGGUUCUAGAGGGCGCUAUAGAUCUAUUACCAAGAUUUUCUGUACACGAGGAGGCAAGUGUUCGCUUUGCGGCCGCUGGUCUUUUAGUAAACGUAUGCGGUGCGGGUUGUAAUACAAGCGAAGGGGCGAAAACCGCAGCGCACGCUUUAACCGCAGCCGCGGAAAUGGCGGAUGCGCCAACGGCUGCGUUGCUUGCCCGCGCCUUGUGGAAUGCGCACGCGCACGCUCCGCUGCUACCCGAGUGUGCGCGUGAGGCGGCCGAUGCGCUAGCAACUUUUAUAGACGAUGAUUCUAUAUUUAGCAUCUGCGAAGUAUCAAGAAACAGUGACUCAAAUAAACAACACGUUAAAUUCGCCGCAGAGCAAGGGGACAAUGUAUCAAACCAAAAUGGGAAUGAAAAUGACCCCCGAUUUCAAAAUAGUUCUGACGAAGAAGCUGAUAGAACUGGGUGUUCAGGCGAGGACCUGGGUUUUGAAGAGGGUGAGGUGGAAGAAUGUGAAUGUGAUCCCUGCAGUCGUUUAGCAGCCUGGGAAGAACUCGUGGGAGUCGCAAUACCACUGCUAGAGAAACUACGGCCGCCCAGAGCUGACGCGUCUGUCGGCACGGACUAA